GGACCCAGCGUUACUGGCAACACUGUUUACGAUUAUAAAAUCUAAUAAAAAAAAAUAAAUGUUCUGUGAUUCCUGGAAGUUCAAGGAAAAGACAACACCAAUCUCAAAAGUAAACUAAUGUAACUAUUAAAUGGUGCAAUGUCUUGUAGCAAUAUUGCCAAUAUUACAGCGACGAUAUCAGAUGUUUCUUUUUGGAAUUCCGUUGAUAUUCUUAUAAAGAAACCUCAUGUUGUAAACAAGAGGUUAUGGGGCAGCAAAACUUUAUUUAGAGAUACUAAAGCUCCUGAUAAUUUACCGUUAUAUUAUGAAAGAAUAAAGAAUAUCAAUAAUAUUCAGGAAUACAUAGAUUCUUUUUACGAGAACUUAAAUGUUAGCACUGAUGAUGCAAUUUCGAACAUACAAUUUACACUCUUAGAAUUGUUACCUAGAACGUAUAACGAAAAUCAUGCAUUCCAAAUUGUUAUACUAAAUAAGGAAAUUAAAACAGCUUUAUUUUAUGAUGUCACACCGAGCUAUAUGGAACAAAAUCUGUGUCCUACAUUUAGUUAUUCUUUUAAAUUACAUGAGAAUGGUGUUCAAUUGGAAGUGGAAUCUGUGUAUUUAUUUUCAGAGCCCUCAAGCAAAUCUUACCAAUGGUUGAAAGAUACAGUACUGCCACAUUUAAUAAAAUGGGCUACAGAGAACUUUGAGAAUGAAUGUCAUAAACAGAUUUGCAAUGAAUCCCUAAGUUUGGUAUCAAUUGACAAAUAUUAUUCUAAAUACAAUGAACUGAAGAUCAAACAUGGUAGGGAAAUGGUUAAGAUUUGGCCAGAAUGUACAGACCCAUCAAAGUUUGUCUAUGAAGAUAUUGCAAUAGCUACAUACUUGCUUCUUCUAUGGGAAGACGAAAGAAGGAAUCAUAAUUUGAUCAACUAUCAAACCUUUGUGGACCUAGGCUGUGGGAAUGGCUUACUGGUUUAUAUCCUCAUCAAAGAAGGACACAAGGGAGUAGGUAUUGAUAUUAGACGAAGGCAAAUAUGGGGCAUGUAUCCACCAGACGUCAAAUUAGAGGUAAAAACAGUAACACCAUCUGAUGCUCAUUUAUUUCCAGAAACAGACUGGCUAAUAGGAAACCACUCUGAUGAACUCACUCCUUGGAUACCAGUUAUUGCAGCCAGAAGUUCCUAUAAAUGCAACUUCUUUCUAUUACCCUGCUGUGCUUAUAACUUUGAUGGCUCAAAAUACCAGCGUCAAAAUUCGUCAAUAAGUCAAUACACUGAGUACUUACAAUACAUUAAACAAGUAUGUGAAGACUGUGGUUUCCAAACAGUUACGGAUAGACUAAAAAUACCAAGUACAAAAAGAAUAUGCCACAUCGGAAUAGAAAGAACAUACCCAAUUGAGGAAUAUGAUCAAUAUUGUAACAGAAUACAAAAUCUCAUAAGUGUAGGCUCUAGCGCAGCAGAUGUAGACUGUGAAAGUCUAUGGAUAAGAGAUUUUAAAGCCAGAGAAGCCACGGAAAAAGUAAAAAAUUGCACACAACUAGACAAAAGUUUAAUAGAAAAAAUUGUGGAAAUUAUUUCAAAACAUCUAUUACACAAUUGCAAUUUAGAAUCUGUUUGGUCAAUUGGCAAAACAGUAGGGCUUCGUGAAGUAAUAAACAUUAUACCUAAAGAUAAGCUUAAAGCUUUAAAGUCAGAAUGUGGAGGACUACAGACACUUCUGAAGAAUAAUCAUCACAUAUUUAAAGUCCAAAGUGGCACAGUCCAACUGAGAUACCCAAAAACAGUAGAAGAAGUUUAUAAAGGUCAAAACAAAACAAACAAUGUCAAAAUUCAACAGAAACCAUGCUGGUUCUACAAUAACCAUCCCCAAGGAUGUCCUUUAACUGAUUUGCAAUGCAGUUUUCUACAUAUUAAAUCAUGGUAAAUAAGGAAGAAAAAAUAAUUAAAUAAAACCAAUUUCAUUAUUUAUAAUUAAUUAUUAUGUACAUACCAAGAUAAUAUAUUACUCAGUCAACUCUACAACAAUAUGUACCUACUUUGAAAAUCCCACAUCUUCCAAAUCUAUUAUUAUGACACCAUUAACCAAUGUCCCUUUCAUGGACAGUAACAGCGUUUACCGUAAAAUAAAAU